AUGAAGUUCGUCACUGCUUUUCUCCCCCUCAUCGCCAGUGUCAGCGCCCACUGCAUCCGCAGUCCGGUUGAGCAUCGUGCUGCCGAUGGCCUCGCUGACAUCAACUAUUUCAACUACACCAACCUUGGUAGUCCCCUGAACUGGUACGGGCUUAAGCCCGAGUCCAACGAGGCUUGUACCAAGGGCAAGCACCAGUCCCCCAUCGACAUUUCCACCACCGCCAUCAACUACACCUCCCGGAGCGCGAUCAAGCUCGAUCUGCCCACUGCUGAUGGUGCCAAGUUCGAAAACCUCGGCUCUGGUUUGGAGGUGGUCUUGACCAAUGGAUCCCUCACUGCCAACGGCAAGGUCUACCCUCUGGCACAGUUCCACUUCCACACCCCCAGCGAGCUCCGCAUCAACGAGGAAUACUUCCCCAUGGAAGCUCACUUUCUCUUCGAGACGUCCGCUGGCGAGAGUGCUGUUGUGGCCUUCUUCUUCCAGCUCUCCGAGUUCGGAUACUCCGUCCCUCUCUUCGACUCUGUCUUUGCCCACAUCGAUGACAUCAGCGAGGCGGGUACAUACACCACGACCGGUGUUCUGGACUUUGCCGGCCUGACGGCUCACUUUGCUCGUCACGGUGUCUACCAGUACACUGGCUCUCUGACUACACCUCCCUGCACUGAGGAUGUCGCCUGGUUCUUGAGCACCGAGCCCCUUCCUCUGAACGUGCAGAGCUACAACAAGGUCAAGAAGAUCCUCAAGUUUAACGCCCGCAAUACUCAGAAUGCCUUGGGUCAGGAUAACCUGCUUGAAGUUGCGGCGGGUGAGUUGAACUGAUCAAAAUGGGAAGCUUUGAGUGCCGUUAGGUCCGAAGGGUUGUAUUAUAUCG